CUCAAUGUCGAUUGCGGGGAAAGACCAUCAACAUCAACCUUUUGUCCUUCAACUCAAUUGAUUUUCUCUCAUACUCCAUCAAGUCAUCUCGUCGAUUGAGGACUUUAACAUCGAAAUGCUCGUCGCAAUGCUGUGGCGGCUCCCUCUUCUCCUCGCCGCCUAUGUCGGCCUCGUCGCAGGCGAAGGGCAGCGCGUGCUUGGUUCUGACAACACGGACCUGGAUCACAUCCGCGAGAAACUUCUCGAGGCUCAGAUCAUUCCCACCGUGAUUGACGACUUCCCGCCUGCCCUCAGCCUUCGUGUGAAAUGGAAGCACGACUCUGCAGGCCUGGGCAACACCCUCAAACCAGAUCAUCUCAAAAAAGCUCCCGUGAUUCAUCUUGACAAAGUUGAGUCCAAUGCACUUGCAGGCACUCAACUCUCCAAGGACAUGUCGUACGUCAUCGUCCUCACCGAUCCCGACGCGCCAUCUCGCGAUGAUCCCAAAUGGUCCGAAUUCUGCCACUGGAUCGCAGCCAGCUCUGACCUGAAAUACCCAACAAAGUCCAAGUCCAAACAUCAUCUCAAGGACAUCAUCAAAUACAAACCUCCUGCUCCACCGCCCAAGACCGGAAAACACCGCUAUGUCUUCUUCACCUUCAUCGCAGCCAAUGGCACGACCAAGAAGCUGCACCUGAGCAAACCAGAGGAGAGGAAGCACUGGGGAUCGGAUCAUGCAGGCCAUGGCGUUCGUGAAUGGGCGCAUGAGAAUGGUCUUAUUCCCAUCGCUGCGAAUUUUAUAUACGCGGAAAACGACGAGCAGUAGCCCUAGCACUUCACAUGCCAAACGUACUCUCCCUAGCAUAAGUAUUUCAAAAAGGAAGCUCAAUCAUAUACUUUAAACAGUUCCUUGGUUUUCACUCUUCAAUUCAACAAUGUCAUUCGUCGUGCCGGAGGUUGUUCCUGAUUUAGAAACCGAGCGGUUUUAGCAUCGUGCAACCCCGCACCAAUACACGUUGUCGAUCCCACCACGAUCUAUGCAAAUCCAGGUCCUGGCGAGCUUAAACAAGCAGGUCGGCAUGUAAUAGGCACUACCGGUCUUGGCGGGCAGAGCGAAUGAUUUAUCUCAUCUGUAGAGCGUGACCUUCGGAGCAGAGAUCAUUACUGCUUUAGGAAGGUAGCUCCUUGCUUCGGCAGGCGAUGAUCGGAGGUGUACUACUACUUCUAACGUUAACUUCGGAGAAUCUCUGUUUCGGAGAGGAAUGUUGAUGGGCACGAGGCUACUAAUAUGUAUAAAUACUUCAAUACAUCCCCUAACUUUGAGGUUUCUUGUAUCAGUGCA